AUGUACCGGAACCCGUGGAUCUCCAAUUAUCUGAGCCAUGUCAAGUUUUGCAGCCAAGGACUUGGAAGUGAGACACCCAUCAAACUUGGCAACCCCAGAUUACUCCAGAAGAGGGCUCUGAGUUUCCAGAAAGAGUUCUCAAUUGACGAGAAGGACAACCUUGCCAAAAGCACCAAGGAUAUAGAUGUCAGUCUCUUGGCCAAUCUCCCUAAAGUUUCUGAACUGAGAAAGCGAUUUGAAGGCAUUACUACAAGUGCAAGCGAUUGGGAGAUGAACAGGAAGGAGCGUAUUGCCCGACGGUUGGAGGGUAUAGAGGGUGAGGUACAUCCCUCUCUGUUGCCCAGCUUGGUGGCCAAUCGGCUUUUGGAGGAGGACACCCCACGAUACACACGUGCCUCGGACCCCUUUGAGCCCUGUGGUGUCACAGUCCAACGAUAUGGCUCUGAGGACUUGGACAGCACAGACAUGCAGCUAACUGCUCCAGAGCUGCAGUCCAGAGCCCGGUGUCAACCCGAACUUCAGUCAUCUGUGCACCACGAGCCUGGCUACAGCUCUGGCUCUACCCCUGAACUUGAGUCCAAGGCUGAGCGCAUCGCCCGCUACAAGGCCGAGCGUCGGCGGCAGCUAGCUGAGCGCUAUGGCAUCUCUUUGGAUACAGAGCCGGACGUGGACUGCUCUGCACGCUACGCGCGUGGCCGGAAAGAGUCCGAUGGCUCAGAGAGGCGUGGCAGGGGGGAGUUGUUGGGGGAGGAAGGGAGAGAUAUCACCUUGAGUUCCUAUGCCAACACUUCUGCCAUCAGCCCCAGAGCUGGCCGCACUGCACUCCAGUACAGCUAUCCGGAUUCAGGCUUUGAGUCAAGCCGGUCCAGGGUCGACUCGCUCACUGAGAGGGAGCGGCUGAUGAACAUGGAGAAUCAGCGCAGGGCUCAGCAGGAGAAGGCUUUGCCCACCGACCCAGCAUCCUCUUCCUCAUACAUGGACGUGAUGUCAUCAUCUCAGUCCGCCAGGUUGCCUGCUAAGGAUUACAUGGUCACAGGGGUACCACCCAGCUCACCAAAGCUGAGCAGACACCCAACCCAGUCUUCGCCAAAACAUGGGGUGUCCCCUGGGGACAUAUUCAUCGAACAACAGGCCACUUCUGGGCUCAGCAGACAGGGUGCAGGGAUGAAACUGAGCAGUGAUUGGUUCCUCGAGACCGAUGCUGAGGGUGACACCCAUUCUCUUAUCAACUGGCCAUCCAGAGUACGAGUUAGGGAGAGGCUCGCCAGGGAGGAGGGCCACCAGAAGAGCCCAGAACUGGGAAGUGUUGUGGAUGCCCCUGUGUACCGCAGACACCUCCAGUCCCAGACUGCCUCACGCCACCAUACAGAACCGCCAAGCUCUCAGCUCACCCGGUCUGGGCAAACUGAGGGGCAUGAGGGAGGUGGAUACCCCAGCUAUCUGUCCAUGGCUACUAGCACUGCCCCUAAGGUGCAGCAGCAGCCCUUGGACGGAAAAGAGGAAGACUCCCAGGAGAUGAAGACAAAGAGCCUUUUAAAGAGUAGGAGAGCCAUGCUGCCCUCAGAGAUCUUCUACAGGGAGACGAGCACUGAAGACCCACGGAGAGGAAGGGGGGAUGAGUUCCUAGGCAAGACCAGGGAGGUUGAGGUGGAUGCUCCUGCAAGAGGAGGCUUUGGCGGUAGAACCAGGCAACGGCGGGAGGAUGUAGCUGAUCCCGUCAGACCCACGGAGCACGUAUCCCGCCUGCAGGCUGCCGAGAGCAGAGCUAGAGAGCGGGAGAACGCUAUCUACAGCCACAGAGGCCUCGCUCCCUCCUACAACCAGCCUAAUGUGGCCCAUACAACAGUGUCUGACAGUUGCACCUCCAACCCAGUCUCGACAUGCUCCCCGCCAGACACUGGGGCUCCACAAGGGCCCAGUCAAAGAAACCUGCACCACCAGUCCUCGGGGUCCAGAGCUGUCAGGGAGGGGGAGAGUUCCCAAGCUAGCAAGGAGAGGAUAAGUGAAAAAGAGGAUCACCAGGACUCCAAGAUCUCCGUGGCCCAGCUCAGACACUCCUUCUUAGAGAGCACCAGCAUCCCCUCGGCCACCAGAAGACCUGAGCUGUCCUGUGUGAGUUCAGAUUUUCCAGAAGCUGAUGAAGAGAAGCUUGAUGAGCGGGCCAAGCUGAGUGUAGCAGCCAAGCGGUCUCUCUUCAGGGAGUUGGAGAAGAGCAUUGAUGCUGGAGUUCCCAAAUUGAGGUCCAGGAAUGCGGCGGUGGAGAGGAGGCUGAGACGGACCCAGGACCGCUCCCGAACACAGCCGGUCACCACGGAGGAGGUGGUCAUCGCUGCCACGUAA